AUGUCCGCUGCUAUCAAAGCCUGCAAGGUCAUCCCUGCGUCUAAAAUCGCCAAAACCUACCUCCAGGAGGUCACCGACGCCACGGCGAGGCUCGCCCGCAAGCCGAAGCUCGUCGGGCUUCUCGCCAACGACGACCCGGCUGCCAUGAUGUACGCCACGUGGACAGGAAAGACCGCCAACACGCUGGGGUUCCAGUACGAACUCAUCCAGGUGUCCAAGGACCAGCUCGAGGAGGAGAUCUACAAGUGCAACAACAACGACGACAUCAACGGCAUGAUUGUGUACUUCCCUGUGUUUGGCAACAAGCAGGACCAGUACCUCCAGCAGUGCGUGUCCAUCCACAAGGACGUCGAGGGCCUCAACUUCAAGUACAUCUCCAACAUGUACCACAACGUGCGUUUCUUGGACGAGGCCAAGACAAUGAAGUCGAUUUUGCCCUGCACGCCCUUGGCCGUCGUCAAGAUCCUCGAGUACAUCGGCGCAUACAACAAGGUCUUGGACAACGGCGACAGGCUCUAUGGGAAAACCAUCACCAUCGUCAACCGCUCCGAGAUCGUCGGCAGACCCCUCGCCUCCCUCCUCGCCAACGACGGCGCCACCGUCUACUCCGCAGACAUCAACGACAUCCAGCUCUACGAGAGAGGCGACGGCCUCAGAUACAAGCAGCACAAGGUUCUCGACUGCAACAAGUCUCUCGAGGAGUGCGCCCGCAUCUCCGACAUCAUCAUCACCGGGGUCCCUACGAAAACCUACAAGUUCCCCUCCGAGUACAUUAAGAGGGGCGCCAUUGUCAUCAACUUUUCCAGCGAAAAGAACUUCGUCGACGAAGACGUCGAGAAGGUCGCCUCUCUCUACGUCCCCUCCAUCGGCAAGGUCACCAUCGCCAUGUUGCUCAGAAACCUCCUCCGUUUGAUGGACAACAAGAAGGCCGUCAACGCAAAGAGCGUCGAGCCCCCAACAGCGCCAACCGACAAGCCCCAGGAUAUUUAG